AGCGCCGCGGCUGUGAUAGGCAGAGAGAGCAAUAGGGAGAAAUGAGUAAGAGCCAGAGCUGAAAUAGUGUACGGCGUAAUUCCUGCUCUGUGAUCACAGAUACUCCAAGUGCAAAAACCAGGAGAGGGGACAGAGAGAGGCGGUUAUCAGCUCAACCUUUGCAACCGGCUCAGGACUGAACGCCUAUAGAUAUUUAUAGAUAUUAAAACAAAAACAACAACCUUGCCCUGAAUAGAGCCUUUCUUUAAAAGAAGGUCCUGGCAAUUCUGUCUUAUUUAAGCAAUUUCCUGAGUCUAAGAAUAGAAAUGAGCUGCCUGGAGGAAGGCACUGCAGGCUGAAAUUUGGAGACAUAGGCUGCUUUAUUUUAUUUUUCUAAGUAUAAAAACCUUCCAUUUGGAUACUGGAUUUUUAUGUCGGUCUUGGAAGCGGAGGGAUGUAUGGUUACUUUUAAUUUUACUUUUUCUCUCUCUCUUUUAAUUUAAAAAAAAAACUGUCUUCCAGUUAAAAAGCAAGGAAACCGUUUUACCUGCAUGUGACAAUCCCAGAGGACACCGAUCAAGAAACAGGGGAUUGACUUGGUCUUCUGCACUACUUUACUCCUACCCCAUUUUUUUUAGGGGGAGAGAAGGAUUUUUCCAGUCCAAGAAUCUCUUGCCCCCAAGUUUUGGAAGGGGGUUGAAGACUUGUCACCCGUCUGGGGGUGCAUGAAGGGUAUUGGUUUUCUUUCUCUGUUAACUUGGUUUUGUGAAGGGUUGGAAGAGAAUUUUGCCUUCCUGACUUGCCUGGAACAAGAGGAUGAUUUGGAAAUGGCUGGGCGCUUUGCUGCUUUUCCCCGUGCAGAUGGUUUAUUUGGUGGUGAAGGCUGCCGUGUGCAUGGUGCUGCCGCCCAAGCUCCGAGACCUGUCUGGGGAGAACGUGCUCAUCACCGGAGGCGGCAGAGGCAUCGGCCGCCAUCUGGCCAGGGAGUUUGCUAAACGAGGAGCCAGAAAGAUCAUCCUGUGGGGUCGAACUGAGAAAUGCCUGAAGGAGACCACAGAGGAAAUCAGGAUGAUGGGGACAGAAUGCCAUUAUUUCAUUUGUGAUGUAGGAAAUCGAGAGGAGGUCUAUCGGCAAGCCAAAGCUGUGCGGGAAAAGGUGGGUGAUAUCACUAUCCUGGUGAACAAUGCUGCUGUGGUCCAUGGUAAGAGCCUGAUGGACAGCGAUGAUGAUGCACUGCUCAAAUCACAACAUAUAAACACUCUGGGACAGUUCUGGACCACCAAAGCAUUCCUGCCAAGGAUGCUGGAGUUGCAGAAUGGACACAUUGUUUGCCUGAACUCUGUCCUGGCCUUGUCAGCCAUCCCUGGUGCCAUUGACUACUGCACCUCCAAAGCCUCGUCCUUUGCCUUUAUGGAGAGCCUGACCUUGGGGCUGCUGGACUGUCCCGGAGUGAAUGCCACAACAGUCCUGCCCUUCCACACGAGCACAGAGAUGUUUCAGGGCAUGAGAAUCAGGUUCCCUAAUCUUUUUCCUCCUCUCAAGCCAGAGACAGUGGCUAGGAGGACAGUAGAAGCCGUUCAGAUGAAUCAAGCCUUCCUGCUCCUUCCAUGGACAAUGCAUGUUCUUGUCAUCCUAAAAAGCAUUCUCCCUCAGGCAGCACUUGAAGAAAUCCACAAGUUUUCUGGGAGCUACACCUGCAUGAACACUUUUAAAGGACGAACAUAGACUUGAUGGUGCAAGGACUAUUCUUCAGUGAAACCAACACAAGCCUGAAAACCCUGACAAGACUGUGAAUCAGCAGUCUUGGCUUUUAGCCUGUUCAUGUGACUUGUGCUGCUGUGAGGCAACACAUUUCUUGCAGGUCAUAUCCAUAGUAACAUGACCUUUGCACAGGAUUGAAUGACUAGACUAUGGACCCUUGGAAAGAAAAACAAAAAGUGUGAAAUGUUUAUAUGAUGUUUAAUUCUUUAGAGUUCAAUUGUUAAAUCUACUCAUAGUUUUAAGAUGUAAUUUUUGUUUCGAAAAUGUCUGUAGGCUGUCUCAGCUGAGAGGCAGCACAUCACACCCCAUACUUUAUCCCCUCUCUUCAGAGGAACUGCAAUUACAAACUGCUACUGGUUUCAUUUCAGCUUUUUGAAUGGGGAACUUAAAAAAUACUUUGAAGAACUAUAAGUUAUGGACAUUUAAUGGAAGCUUCCUUCCCUUCCUUCACUUUACAUCCAUUGACGAAGCUGUUCCCAACGCCCAUCGGGGAAGGUGCAAACUAUGGAGCGAUAUUUUCUUUGUUAAAGGCCACCCAGGACUCCCAUCUGGAAGGACUGUGCUGGGCCCAAGAAAGCUGUCUGUCUUCACCUGUGAAGGCUGGAGAGGAAUGUUCAGCCAGAAGAGCAGACAGUUUGAAUAGUGGAACAUUCUUUCUGUCACUGAACUCAUAUAUGAAACUUAAUUGUCUUUCUGAAUAUUUUUGUUCAUUUAUGAUAAAAUAUAUAUAUAUAUUUUUAGCAUUAAUCCCAGAUUGCCACACACGUAGGCAGCAUCACACUGGGGAUGAACUUAAAACUAGAGCCUGCUUGUACAAACAUACAUUCACUGACAUAAUCCAUGCAGAGGAAAACCCAUUGUAUCAGUCUGCACAGUGAAGUAAGUGGAAUAAUGCUCUAAAAAUAGAAGAGACAGUACUGUAGUGCUCAUGAAAUGUGAAGUUUGGAAGCACAGUUAGCAAAGACCUGAUUAAAUGCACGUUGAAUUCAACUGGGAAUAUACCCAUUAUUUUUUAGGGGCAUUGAAUCAGGCACUGAUCAGCCAAAAGUGAUAAAUACUGCUUGGACUGAAAUGCCAGAAGCAGCUAGACGUUAUUUAUUUUUGUAAUGAUAUAUUCUCUUUGACAGCCUAGUAAGAGCAACACUGCAUUCCUAUGCCAGAUGCAGUGUGCAGCACUAGGCAUAGUAAUGUAGCUGAAACAUACUGGAACACUACUAAAAGAUGAAUUAAUAUAAUUGCAAUACAGGAAAGUAGCAAGCUUAACUGGAGAACACCUGAAUGAAGUGCCUCAAGGAAGGCCAUGUGGUUAAAACAAAGGAGUGAAUUUAGGGCUCCUGACUUGAAUUUCGAGCUUUUCCAUAGAUGUCCUGUGUGACCUGGGGCAAGAUGCAUAAUUUCAAGGUGCACCCUUACCGGCAAAACAGAUAUUUCUUGUGUUUUCCUACCUCAAAAGUUUUAAGUCUGACUACCUAAAUAUUUGUCAAAAGCUUAGCAAAUUCAAAUGGAACAUGCUAUACAAAGGAAAAGCAGUAUUUGUUCAUAAACCAAUAGGUUCUAUAGAAAAAUUUAAAAGAGGAAAAAAACGCAUAUGCUGAAAUAUAUAACUUCCUAAAGGAGAUCUGAGUUACAGCAGAAAAGCUGCGAGCUGUAUUUGAGAUAUUCCUCUGGUUCUGCCAUGUAGAAUGGAGACCAACUACUUGGGUGAAAUGAUGUGAAUGUUACAACUGGAAGGUCUGACCCUCACUGCAGAUCAGUAGGCACAUCUCUUCUUGAGCAGUUCAAGAGGAAGAUAUUGCCAAAAGUGCCACUGGUGCCAGCCCCUCUGCCUGCACGGGGCUUGUGAGGAGCUCUCCUGUCCGGGUCAGUGCUUUCCUUCUGAGUGCAAAACAUACAAGCUGUAGCACUGUGCCAGCUUUGAAAAGGUUUCUUACAAUGGAGUUUUGUUUUGAAUUGCUAGAUGUCUGAGGCUCUCUGGAGAGGAUGAAAAGAAACUUUGAUCUCUGUAAUUUUGACACCCACCCUAAUAGAUGCUUUCAGCUUUAUUUUUUGACAAUUUUUUGAGAAGAAACCCAGUGCAUUGAAAACACAAGUGCAAUGAGGGGGGAACUCUUCCAGGAUCUGCCAGGAAUACUGAAGGUACCAUAUUUAUCAAGAGAUGUUGGGAGGGGAAGGGAUGAUUAUACAUACCUCCCCUUAUGCACUCCAGUACUUGCUAGUUUCUUAUUAAUCAGAGUCAGGCAUGCCAGGCUUGUAGAUGCAAGAGCGAACAGAACUGGUGAAAGAGGGCACCCCGCUGUGUCCCCCUUAAAUUAAACCUUUAUGCUGAGAUUCUAUUCAUUGGUGACAUCUUAAUGCAAAAGUGGGGUAAAAACUUGAACACACAUUGAAAUUAACUCCCCGCCCAUCCCCAAAUCCUGUCCUUUAGAUGAAUCUGCCCUUUUCCUGCAUUCCAUAAAAGGUGUUGCCUAUCUUCAGUGGUUGUCUUACAUACUAAGUGCUGUUGAUUUCUUUCUAAUUAAUCUAAACAAGUCAGAACAUUCUGAGACUCUCAACUCGCUCCUCUGAUACUCACACACAAACUUCCCUCUUUCCCUCAGGGUCUCUGAGCGGACAACAGGUCAAAUAGCAGUCACAGUGGGGGAGAGGUAUGCAGCAAACAGAAAAUAAUGAGGAAAACAUUGACUUUGCUUUUCAGAUAGUAAGGAAGAGUUGAGUAAGAGUUUCUCCUCUUGUGAGUGUUGCGAGAUAGAAUGCUCUCCGUCCAGUGAGCUACCCGCAAAUUUGGAUGGAUACAUUUGAAGACUUUUUUUUUUUAAUAGAAAGGCUCCUUUGGAAUGCCUGCUGAGGUCUACUGUCCCUUUUCACAUAAGGUUAGUAUUGGGUAAUCUUGAAGUGCUGCAAAUGUGGACAAGCUUUGUUGAAGCCUAAGGCCUUCUCAAAGGAAUUUCCGCCCUUUGACUUAUUUUAAUUUUGGUUUUCCUUGCUCUCUCCACUGCCUCCUGCUUUCCACUGCACAAUUAUUUUUUUUUCCUUCUGUUUUCCUAUGUCAUUACUGCACUUUUCAGUGUCCCCAUCUUGAAGCCAGAUGUCAUACAAAGAGUCUGGAGUAAAUCUAAAUCAGGGUAUAUAUUUAUUAUCCCGCUGGAGGAAUCUAGGUGAAGCUGUAGGAGCAGGUCACAGAAAUUUCAUGUGAAAUUAGCUAAGUUGUACUUAGCUAAGUUUUACUUGCUCCAAUCCUUGAAGAAGUAGAAGACCCCUUACUAUCAUUUCUAUACUGGAGAUUGCUACUGUUUUAAAAUCAGAAUUAUAGAGAAACAUUAGCCGUUUUGGGUCAGAUGUUCUCCUGACAUAAAAUGACCCUAUUUAGAUGAGAGGAUUUUUCAGUUCCAGGUGUUUUCGGAGGAUGGUGUUUGUACAAAGUAAUAUUCAGAAUUAGCAAGGCGGGGCAGGGAGAGGAGGAGUCCUUUGUGAGUAAAUCUGAUUCCUCGUGUUCAAUAUUGGAUUUUGGUUUUGAUGAGGAAAAAAAAAAUCAUGUUCCCUCAUGCACCCUUGGUGAACUUCAAAAAGGUCCUUCCAGCUGUAUCCCUGCUGAUACCAUGUUUUUAGCAGGAUGAAGAAAAGGAGUGAGCCCUGAAAGUGGGAACUAUACCCUACCUACUCAUCCAUUGUGCUGCUGAGGUUAAAAAGUGAGAGAGUCCAUCCCUAUAGUUCUUCUAGAACUUCACAGAAAGUGCCUGGGCAAGUGUUUGUGAUGUUUGCAAAGAGAAACUUGUUGUACUUUUAUGUAAUGUGUUAAUUAGUGUGGGUGGAUAUGAUCAGAUCUAGUCUUGCAAGCCUUUCAGACAACUCCCUGAACACUCCCACCUUCAGAUAUUAACAGAUAGCACUGCACUUGCCAAAUCUCAUAAAAACCCAGUAACAGACUUAAUGCAGGCAGAGCAUAAGUGGGUGCAUUUAUUUCGAAGAGAACACAUCUGUUUGUAGCAGACAUUAAUUUGGCCCAGUGUUUUCCUCUAGCUGAAAUGCAACUGUUGAGAAAAGAAUACAGGGUGACCUUGGAUCACCUAUUUUGUUUUCAUUUCUUCAUGUGGCUUUAAUAAACUUAAUCUGGGUGACAGCCACUUUUUUGAUAGCCUUUGUUCAUAAAUUUGGGGGUGAAUCAAGAUUAUGCCAAAUGUAAUCUUUUGCAUUUUUCCCCAAACAACCAACAGCCCUGAGAAUCAGAAUAUUCUGCGCUGUCUUUGUAGCUCUCACCUCCCUGGUGCUAAGAUCCUUCAACCUGCUAUUGCUUCUCAGCCUCAUGGAGUGGAGACUAAGCGAAACCCGUCAGUCACAAGCAGCAGUUACAUUCGCUAGUGAACAGAAUCCUCUUUGUAAGAGUGCCUUUCUGAAGGAGAAAGUGCCUUUCUGUUCCAGGAGAGUGCCUGUCUGUUCCAGUAGAAACACGUACCGAUCCAGCCUGUGUGAACUGGACAAAACUGAAAAGAAUAGACCUCUGAGGAGACAAUUUAUAGCUUCACACCUUCCCAAACAAAGAGUCCAAACUUAUUAGUUCCUUACACACACCUUUGCUAUGGGCAUUAUGACAUAUUAACACAGAAAAAAAAAAUCACGGCAAGUGUAUAUGCUGAUUUUUCUGCAUAAAUCUAGAAAGAACAGUGCCUCCUUAAAUGAGGGAAGAAGGCACUCUAAUUUGAGCUUGAGAGUGACCGAAGAGUAAGAAUAUGAGAAAAUAAAAUAGAGGAUAGAUGCAGCCUUAGGGGGAGUGUGGUGGCCCUAAAACAAAAUAGAGGAGAGAUGCAGCCUUAGGGGGAGUGUGGUGGCCCUAAACAGACAGAGGUGAGACGCCACCUUAUAUUCCUGAAGUUAUAUCAUAAUAGAGGCAUGUGCUUUCCAUCCAAAUACAAAGUCUAUAAAAUAAGUGUGUUCUUUCCCUUGCUAAUGCCUAUGGGUCACCAUGCCCUAAAAAGCAGGCCAUUAACUUUGUAGCCUGCUGGGUCAGAACACCCCAAUACGCCAGUUACUGUUUGCUGUCUCUUGGGUUUUUUUGAGGAAGAGAAAGCAACCCAUAUACGUAAAACCAAGGAAGGGUCAGUUUGACUCACCACUCACUUUUUCCUAGCCAGCUGCAAAGGUCAUCCAUCAUGCCUAGGUAUGAAAAGGACAUGUGGUUCUCUGGCUUGUGUUAGUAAUCAUGCUGACCUAGUGCUACUGGGAAGAUGUUUAGUUUCCUGGUUUUUUUCUUAUGCAAAAGCAUUCUUUUCAUUUGAAUUCUAUUGAUCUGAAAGACUUGCCUCUGUAUUGUACAGGCUUUUCACAGACAGGCAUGCUAGGCAUGAAAUUUCCCUGUCUAUGUUAAUGAAAUGAUCAUGAAAAGAAUAGAAAAGUGAAAAGUUGUUGUUUGACAUCUUCCUGAAGCAUCUUCUUCCCCAAGCCAUGUGGAAUUAAUGUAGAGGAACACUGUUGGAAUAUCAGUGCCUUAAAUCUAGACAUCUCAGAAGCCUGCUGGCUUCUGUAUGAAAAUGACCCUGGCUUCCAAAAUUGACUUUCUCUAUGUAUUCUGAGGCAGUCUGGCACUGAGAUUGGUUACCUGAGCAGAUCACUAUUACGGUGCGCUAGUACAGAGGAAGACUGCAUGGAAAGCUGAGAUACCUAUAAUCAUUGAGCAAAUCAAUUUAAAAUUCUGGUCCCACAUGAGACUUUUUAAUAAAACAUUUUUUAAAAAAACAUUUUUUUAAAAAAUGAAGUACUGCAGUGAUGUCUGUAGUUGCCUUUAGGUGCCUGAGAGUAACCUACAUGACUCCCAGAAGUCCUGCCUCAGAUUUGACCCCUGACUGGUUCCUUCCCUUGAGCCACCGUGUGCAAACAUUGGGCAUUGUGAAUACAGUAACUGAAACGCUUUUUCGUCUUCCUUUUUUAGCAUUAGGCACUUAGGAGCAUAGCCACCACCUCUGCUCCUGCUUUGGGCAUUCCUAUUGAUCUGAUGAGUGUUCCCACACACUGUUCUGGCACAUUACAGUAUUAACAUUAGCUGUAAGAAAAGGAGGCAACCAUUGCUAUCUUUUCCAGGAAAGUCAACUAUUAGUGCCUUUAUGCAGAGAGAGGCCUGAAAUAAAUGCAGCGGUGAUAUGGUUUCUAGAAUAUUUUGGCUAUAUUAAAAACGCUGUCAUAUGGAAUAAGGGUUUAUAAUAAUAAGGCCUCAUCUCGGAAGAAUGUUAGCAGAAGACAGAAAUGGUCAUAAUGGAAAAGAAGUGAUAUGCGAACACAUAGUUCUUCUUCCUGGAGCCUGCUGGGAAUGCUGAUUUCAUGCAGAUAUGGCAUAGCGAAGUCAGUUCACUCGCAUGGUCAUUAUACCCCCUGCAACUUUGCCUACUACAAGUAAUGGCAGAGGUGACAGGCUCAUUGUCUCUGCUCUCUCAACUGUUGAAGGUAGAAAAAUAAGUGCUUUAAAAAAAAAAUCCAUCCAUCAGAGAACAAAGCAAUUCUUUGGUUCAGUGUCAGCCUGAUAUAAUGGAGAAGACUCUCUCAGGUACCAAAAGAAAAGCCACAGCAUCUCCUAGCUAAUUCCUUGAUGUCUCAGGCCCUAUUUCCCCUUUUUAAUAAUAAAUGAACUGGGAAGAAAAUGAUUGACUCAAAUCAGCAACAGGAUUAAACAGAAUCACAAAUCA